AUGGCUACCUCCUCUAGAGAAAAGCCAAAGUCCGCUUUCAGGGAAAUUUCUCUGACUUUCAAGUCUUUGAGAAUGUUCUCUCACUCCGACUACCACCGAACACAUCUCUUUGCAUAUGCUGACGAUCUUCAACUAAUAUCCACCGGCACAACCAGAAUUGUCAGAGCCCAACAGGCCCUUGACCUCAUCGUUGACAAAUGUCAUACUCUUGGCCUAAAACUAAACCCUGAAAAAAACAGAGCUCUACAAGUCAGACGAUACCUCCCACAUCAGUCCUUAUAUAUAAGGACUGACAAAAUUGAAUGGGUCACCUCCCAUAAGUGCUUGGGGAUUGUCUUCAACACACAGAAUGACUCAUCCUCUCAGUUAAGACAUCUCCUUGAAAAGACCAAGACUAGAAUCAAUGUCCUACGAAGAUUAUUAAGCUCAAAGAUGGGAGCUGGAUUUAACGUCCUCCGAGCAUUUUACAUUCAUGCCAUCCGAUCACUUGUAGAUUACUGCUCCUUCUCCAUCCUCUCUCUCAGCUCUGCUCAGUUUAUCCGUCUCGAAACCAUACAAAAUAAGUACAUGAGAAUUAUCCUUGGAGCACCUCGAUGGACACGGUUAGUAAACAUGAGACUUGGAACUAAAUUAAUACCACUUCAAAUAAGGACCCAACAGAUUGUUGCGGGACAUGUCAGCAAGUUGAUAUCACACCAUCAUCCUCCCCUGUUGAAAGAUCGUUUUAUAAACCUCCUUACACAACCAGGAGGCCCUCUCCCUACAUCUCUGCCAUGGCAUAGUGAAGUGUUUAGGUGUUUGGAUGCCUUCAAUUUACUACCUAGUAUAACAUCACGUAGCAUAGACCAUCCUCAUCGUGAAUACCGUGCUCCUCUCCCUUGGGAACCUCGACAUGUCACAAUUACAACCAAGAGUCUCCCACUGUCGAAAGCCAGAUGUUCUCAGAAUGACUUUCGACACCUUCAAGCCUCCAUAGACUCCAUUGAAAAUAAUGAAGAUAUAGCCACUUUCUAUACAGACGGCUCAGUUGAACAAUCAGGCAGAGCAGGAGCAGCAUUCAUGCACGACAGGAGUCAACAUGGACAAAGACUCAGCAAUGACACCACCAUCCUUCAGGCUGAGCUUUUUGCCAUAAGAGCAGCUCUUCAUUGUGCAUUCAGAUGCGCCAAAAACACUGUCUACAUCCUCACUGAUUCACUUUCAGCGCUGCACACUCUGCAACAACAAUACCAUCAAGACAACAUCCAGCUCAUUACAUCAACACUCUUCAAGUUCCAACAACUUUCAGAGCAAGGGAAGUCAGUUACACUAAUGUGGAUUCCUAGUCAUGUUGGAAUUCAACACAACGAACUUGUUGAUACUGCAGCCAAAAACAACCUCCGCCAGCAGAGCAUCACCCAUGUCAAGCCAAGUCUCAGCACCAUAAAGACUUUGGCCAGGUCUGCUGCUUAUUACAUGACACUAUACAGCAUCAGGUCUGGGUGCAAGCAGGAUCGCCUUCAGCGUCUUGGUACAAGACCUCUACUGAGUUUGAGUCCAUAA